UAGUGAGAUUUUAGAGAGAUUUUGCCUUUCAGAGAGAUUUCUUGUGCUUUCUUUGAAUACCCCUUGCUGCGUAGAGGAAAGUGCUUUUAAGCAUAUUCUCUACUGCAAGCAUGGUGUCUGUAUCCAAGAAAAGACGAAGAGAAGAAGAGAAGACUACAGAUGAAGAAAUGGUGACGAAGAAGAUCAAACUUGAGGAUAACAUCAGUAUUGCUGCCAAUGACCAUCAUGUGAAUAUAGAAAGCAGCAGAAAGAGAUCAAGGAGCAGUGAUGACAGUACCACUGUAGAAGAAGGAAACAGCCAGAAGCGACGGCGUAUUGAAGCUGAAAGUUUGCCGGAACACAUGCUAACCAACUAUAAGUUCCACUGGGGUCUCGGCCGAGGCUCAUUUGGCAAAGUGUUUUUGGCUUCUAUACAAAUGAAAAAAGAACGUGUGGCUGUAAAAGUUAUCAGGAAGACACCCAAGGAAGAGCAGAAGGAUAUGAUCCAGAAGGAGGCCAGAAUCCUGAAGGUUACUUCCGGCAGUCCAUUCUUGUGCCAUGGCUAUGCAGCCUUCCAAACCAACCAAUACGCCUUCCUCAUCAUGGAGUAUGCAGGGGGAGGCAGCCUCAGUAAUCUUCUGUCCAUCAAGCAUCAUCUGAAAAAAAGACACAUCAUCUUUUACUCAGCAGAACUGAUUUGUGGACUUCAGUAUCUCCAUUCUCUAGGCAUCAUCCAUCGUGACCUAAAGCCUGGAAACAUCCUGCUUACCUGUGAAGGACACAUGAAGAUUGCUGAUUUUGGAGUUGCAGCUGAAGGAGUUUUUGAUGACAAUACCAUCGGUGAAAAAACAGGAACAAGCUGGUACAUGGCCCCAGAGAUGCUAGCUAAUAAGAAGUACAAUGCAGCAAUAGACUGGUGGUCAUUUGGGAUAAUACUCAGCGAAAUGGCCACUGGAAGAUCCCCUUUUGAGGACGACAGCUACAAACAUGAUGUGAGAAGUUCCAUCCUCACUGAGAAGCCGGUGUUUCCUGAAUGGAUGAGUGCAACAUUGCAAGAUCUCCUUCAGAAGCUUCUCAAAAAAAGACCACACAAACGUCUUGGAGUGAAUGGAAAUAUAAGGGAACAUCCACUUUAUAAGAACAUCAAUUGGGAGGAUGUUGAACGUCAAAGGAUUCCACCACCAAUCCGACUGGAAGAUAAUCACCCUGAAUCUACAGCUGCAAACCUGCCAUUCCUCAAAUGCAACAACACUAAAGAUUCAGAUGACACCAUCCUCAAAUGCUUUACAUAUCUGAAUCCCAGCUGGUAGGAGUGAGUAAGUCUGUGAUGUCUUGGCUUAGCUAUUAACAUCCUAUGCCAACUUUGUAUCUACUCAUUCCUAUACCUGCUGACUUGGUACCUGUAAGUCAUCCAUUGGUAUAACUAGCUGCACAUACAGCUCACUUUCCAUCAUUAUCACCACCAGCAACACUAUUUGUUUAUUGAAUAAUCUGCUAUUUCUGCUGAUAUUCUAAGGUUUUGUGCAGUUGUCCCCCCCCCCACUUCUGAUGAGGGGUCAUGUCCUUGGUAAGCCUAUGGGAUCUGGGGCAAUUUUAAGUGAUUUGCAUAAGAAUCCUAAAACAUCAUCUAAAUAGGAUGGAUCAAGUUCCUGCCCCUCUUUCCCCUAACCUGAUCACAAAUGAGGAGGUAGGGAAAGGGAGUCAAAACCCCAUCACAGUUAG